ACAGGUGACCGUGAACGAUGAAGGGAAAGGAAUGGCUCGACCUGGCACUCUUGUUGGUGUUCAGCGUUGCAAGAGCUGCGUCUCAGUGCGUUUCGCCAUCGCCUCUUGGCCUCCAGCUAAUGGUGGAAUACGCGAGGUGGAGAUCCCUGGACCAGCUCGUCAUCUUCGACAACUUGAUACCCAAGAAAUGUCAGCGACUUUAUGCCCGGUCAUUGAUGUCCUGCUGCAGCGAGAAAGGGAUGAAAAUAUCGAUACAUACAACGCUCGACGAACACCUCACAGAUAUUUUGCCGCAAGUAUUUUUGAUCCGAAGACACCGCGUUGGGACGGUAAUUUUUACGGACGGGCUAAACCUGACAUCGCCCGACAAUAUCCUGCUGUUGGCCUCGCAGAAGCAACUCUUCAAUUACUACAUCUCAUGGCUGAUAGUGGCAACAAAACGCAACGACGCGAUAAUUGACACCCUUCUCCGUGUUCUCAACAUCGGUAUCGACAGCGACCUCAUUGUCGCGACUUCACCUCUCUCUACAUCCCAGGCUCUAAACGUGACAAAUCAAUAUCUGAACAGGACGUGCACUGGACUGCAAAGAUAUGCGAAAGACUAUCGGGCGCCAAAAAUGCGGCGUACUAAAAACCGCGAAAAUUCAACGUACAACCUGGAUUAUGUUGUCCAGGAAAAUAAGACGGUUUCUUUCUACUUGUGCCAUGUCUACAAGAUAAGAAACUCAGAGAAUUCGAGCCUUGUAAUCGACCCUCUGGGAUCGUGGAAUCCCGGCACCUACACGCUGAGGCUACCGGUCAGCGUAGAGCUGAGAAACAAUUUUCACGGCUUUCCGUUACUCGUUGGAAUUUUGAACUCCAGCAGCGAAGUACAGCCGGAUAACAUUGACGAGGAAGAGAUGGACGACAUCCUGCCCCUCUUGGACAUCAUGGCUUUCGUUGUCAGCGGCAUUAAUGCCAGCAUAGAGCUGGUGCCCCAUGAUAAACUUGGAACCGUGGUGAACAAAGCUUGGAGUCAUCUUCUUGGUGAUGUGGUUUCUGGAGUCGUUGACAUAGGACUGGGAAACAUAAACGUGAACGACGAACGUCAGCGAGGCAUGAGCUUCACGCAUCCCAUCAUUCAGUCAAUGAGAAACAUUUACUUCCAUCCCCCGGAAUCUGGUUCCAUGAGAGAUAUCUUUUUACAACCGUUCAACAAUCGACUGCUAGGAUGCGUCGCUGUUACCUGCAUCCUAAUGGUGCUAGCAAUGACGGCAAUAAAUUACGCAGGGAAACUCGCUCUCAGCAAUGAAACGGAAACCCAUACUGGAUUGGGUGAAGCCGGAUUAUGGUGCAUCGGCAUCAUGUGCAUGCAAGGGUCACCUUGGAGUCCCCGAAGUCCAUCUGGAAAGAUAGCGCUUUUAAGCUGCCUGAUAUUUGCACUCGUUAUUUACAACGCGUACGCCGGUUUCAUCACGUCAAUACUUUCGGUACAAGCUGUGGGAAUCAAGUCAUUGGCGGACCUUCUUUUCAACAACUACAAACUCGGGUACAGUGGAAACGACGACGAGUAUAUACGGAAUGCAAACGACAGUAAUCUGCGUGAGCUGUACAUCAAGGCUUUCAAUGGUCGCGAGGCUGGGGUAGACACCACUUCCGGUCUGCAAAAAGCUGCAAAAGGUGGUUACGGAUUUUUCGUAAGUGCAAGAUUGGCUCGGCGGGCUCUCCGCACGACUCUUCUUCACAAUCGAUGCUCCCUCAAGGAGCUUGUAAUUCCCCAGACCUUCACAGUCGUCGCUUUACCAAUGGCCCACACCUGUCCCUACAAGAAGAUCAUCACUCAUAGCAUAAUGCGAAUUAGCGAGGUCGGAGUGUUGAGCCGAAUAAGCGAGAGGAUGCUGCCGAGAAUGCCGCAGUGCGAGGCCCCGACAACCUUCCACAGCGCUCGUCUGGCCGACGUUUACUCCGCAUUUGUCAUCCUCGUUACCGGGGUGAUAACUGCCCUUGCUCUAGGAAUUUUCGAACGAGUUUGGAGCCAGCGAAAAUCGGUUCGAGAAAAACUCACCCGAGCGAUCCACGUUCACCGGCGAGAAGGUCACGGCCACAGCCACGGCCAAGCGAACGACGCGGUAUCGACCUCUCGGAAGAAGGUCAAGGAAGAUUACCUUGAGGAUUCGGAAAACGUGCUCUCUCAGGAACUUGGGCGACGUGUUUUCACCUCGAAUGCUGCUGUCGGAUCACCGAGAAUCGGUUUACAGGGAACAAGCGCCGGGGGCGAUUUUUCCAUCGCAGGGAGACUUCGGAGCCGCGGGAUAUUCCCGACUCCGGGUAUCCUCGGAUCGUCAGAUUUUUCAGGCCUGAAAUUAUCAUCGCCAAGAAGACGGAGCAACGUUGCAUUGUCCCCUGUGGACGAUCAGGUUUCCGGCAGUAACGAGAAUCCGGAACCUAUUAUUCCCUUCCACGUUUAAUGACUCCUGAAUCAAAAUCUGAUGUCAGAAUUGCUCUGGUACGUCCGGAUUUUAAGUACUCCUGCUUGGAACAUUCGUUCGUGGACCUCGAACGUUGAUAACUCAAAAUGGGGACGGGGGCCCGAUUUUGAAUGGAACAAUUCUGACAUCGGAUACGGAUUCGGAGUAACCAAAAAUAUAUUGGGAGGUUCUCUUGAAAGGAUCUGCUCGUAGCGCGCACGAUUCAGCUUGCUUACGAUUAGUUAUUUUACAACGAUGAAAAAAGUAUGCUUCUACGUGUACAAGAAAUAUAAAAAAUUAAAAAUUUAUCAGACUUGUAACAACGAUCAGAAAAUCUUGCACAAACUUUGAUACGGUAAUAUUUAUAUUUCACAAUAUCUUCUUAGGUGAACGCAACUUUGUGAAAAUUAAAUAUGUAACUCUGAAUGCAUAAAAUAGACUCUAAAAUUAUGGUUUAUUCGAGACAAGAAUUACAUAUAAUUCGCAAUCAGCGUACGCGCUUACCAGACUAUAACAUCACUUAAAGAAUCGAUGCUUACAUCUCGACAAUCUACGAUACAAUCGGUCGUCAACAUUUUAUUUCAACCAUGACUCGCAUUUUCGCAAAGAAACUACCGGUUUUCGUCACCUCGGGUCGAGAAACAUUGGGGAUGCAUUUGCAGUCGCGAAAAAAGCCUUCUUCUCCUCUAAAGUAGACACGGUAUUGUAAAUGACUUGCUUCUUUGUUGUUUACAUUUUUAUUUCUAAUCGUCGCAUCGAUUUUAAGCAAUUUGGUGUACCUGCAAAGUAUUGUGGCCAAGUCCGGUAAACGUCGAUCAAAUCCGCUCCACCUCUGCCAUUCUUUGUACAAGUUCAGAGGCCCGUAUGCAAAUAGAUACGCGUUGCAUUUAGAUUUCAAACUUUAUUUUGAAAAUACGAUUUAAUUAGUAACUCGCAGUUAUUAAACUUAUUGUCCUAUGAAGGCAGUCCCAUCGUUCAAAUAUUCUAACAAUCAAACACAGGUUGAACUUCUUAUCGAUCGAUAAAUACGAUAGAUUUUGAUAACACCAUAUUUGUAACGAUGAGUGGAAAUUUUUCGUUUGGAGAAUUGAGUAACUCCGCUAACUUUGUAAAAUUACUUUUGAAAUUAACGAAUUUUCAGAAGUGCAAAUAGCUCUAUUAGUAUGUUUUUGACAAAUGCCGCGAGGUAAAAUUUUCUACACUGAUUUAUCGAUGGUGUGAAAGUUAAGAUAAUCAUAAUAAAAGUUGCGAUAAUGUUGUUGAGAAUUAAUCUCAGAUUUUUCGUGCAUAAAUUUUUAAAAUGAUCUUAUCUACAAAUCGGUUGUAAUCGAUUGAUAGAAUUUAGAAAUGUCUGCAAACAUUACAGAUAUAGAAACAUAGUCUACAAUUUACUAUUUUCUACAUUCAGCGACAUACCUAUAUAUCUGAAGUACUUUUUCGACGAUUAGAUCCUUUAUAAGUGGCAAAGAAAAAAAAACCUUAAAAAAAAUUACAGUUUUCUUGUCUACCAAUUAAUUUUUACAAAACUGCUUCUUUUUUGUAAGUUCUAUAACGUUCAGAAGGCGCUUCGAUUCCAUGAGAAAUGAAAUAUUGAACAUGAUAGGAAUCAAUUAAUUCUCAGCACUUCGGGGGGUUCUAAUAAGAAUUUUAAUGGAACGUCAAAUGAAUCAUCUCGAUCCAAACGUAAGCGAAAAGUUUCGACAAUUUAUAAAUUCUUUUUGAAUGAAAAAUAAAGUCGUGCAAAUCAUAGUUGGAAGUCGUGAAAACAUAUCCAGAACUCUAAGCAAAACUUAUGAACCCUUUAAAAACCGUCAUUUCAAAACUUUGUGUUUUUCGGAAUCUUACACAACUUUUCUUUCGUUCGCAUUGAAAAAUACUCGCAAAAAAUUAGUGAUUUACCGAAAAUAAGGAGCUGCUGUUUUUUUUUAAUUCUUUUUUUUUCAAUUCUCAACGUCCAAAGUACGGCAUAGAACUAUAAUAUCACAGGUAUAGAACUAUAGAACUGUUUGAGUAAUUUCCGGAAUAUUCUAAGCAAAUGAAGCUUUCUAAAAUUGAGUACAUCCUGAAGUUGACACUCCAUGUUUUGAAAAUGAUUUCUCGAACCCUGAUCAGCUGAAAUUGUUAUUCAAAAUUACGAUAAACUCCAUUACUCUGAGGUAAUUCCUGAACUACUCAGAAAUCAAUAUUACCGAAAAUGGGGUGCCAAUUUCACAGAAGGAAUAUGAAGAUAAAUUUAUCAAUUUUAAAAAAUUCUGUAGUAAAACGUUGUGUGGAAAUAAAUUGCGUAGAAAAAUAUUCUCCAUAAAAUUAUUCUCUGUAACAAUUCUCAUGUCAAAUAAAUCAUGCAGAAUUAUUUCCAUAGCAAAUCUAGAUUUUUCUUCUGUAGAACUACAAUACGUACGUAGAACAAUAUUUUUGUAGAGAAUUUACGCUGUCGAAUUGAUUUCCAUAGAAUCAACCCUCAUCCCAUUAAUUAUUA